UAAAUAGCCGCCACUUGAUGUUCAUCACUCCUCUCGUUACACAGAAAACGGAACCGAGAGAAACAGAGAGAGAGAGAGAGAGAGAGAGAGAGCGCGGAGAAAAUCCCUUUUACUUUUGUUACGGAACCCUAGAUCUCAAGACCCGGAUCAGAUAAUGGCACCAACCAGGACUUCAGACAAUUUAGAGGCCAGAGAUGUAUGUGUUGUUGGUGUUGCAAGGACACCUAUGGGGGGCUUUCUUGGUGCUUUAUCAUCUCUCUCCGCCACCAAACUUGGAUCUAUAGCUAUUCGAACUGCUUUAGAGAGGGCAAAUGUUGAUCCUUCACUUGUACAAGAGGUAUAUUUUGGCAAUGUCUUGAGUGCUAAUUUGGGUCAAGCUCCUGCUAGACAGGCUGCAUUGGGUGCUGGAAUACCGGAUACAGUGGUCUGUACCACCAUAAAUAAAGUUUGUGCAUCAGGGUUGAAGGCUACAAUGCUUGCGGCUCAAAGCAUCCAGUUGGGAAUCAAUGACAUUGUUGUGGCUGGUGGAAUGGAAAGCAUGUCAAAUGCCCCAAAAUAUAUUGGAGAAGCUAGAAAAGGAUCCCGUUUUGGACAUGAUAGUCUUGUUGAUGGGCUGCUUAAAGAUGGUCUUUGGGAUGUAUAUAGUGAUUGUGCAAUGGGAAUGUGUGCUGAACUCUGUGCUGAUAACCAUUCAAUCACGAGAGAAGAUCAGGAUUCCUAUGCCAUUCGGAGCAAUGAAUGUGGAAUUGCUGCUAGAGAUGGUGGUGCCUUCACAUGGGAAAUAGCUCCGGUUGAAGUUUCCGGGGGUAGAGGAAAGCCAUCAAUUAUUGUUGACAAGGAUGAAAGCUUAGCAAAAUUUGAUCCAUUAAAACUGAAGAAACUACGCCCAAGUUUUAAGGAGAAUGGUGGUACCGUUACUGCAGGAAAUGCAUCAAGUUUAAGUGAUGGUGCUGCAGCAUUGGUAUUGAUGAGUGGGCAAAAGGCUCAAGAACUGGGGUUGCAAGUGAUUGCAAAGAUCACAGGAUAUGCUGAUGCUGCUCAGGCUCCAGAGCUCUUUACAACAGCACCAGCACUUGCAAUACCAAAGGCUAUUUCGAAUGCUGGCUUGGAGUCUUCUCAAGUUGAUUUUUAUGAAAUUAAUGAAGCUUUUGCUGUUGUUGCCCUGGCAAAUCAGAAACUUCUUGGGCUUCCAACCGAAAAGGUUAAUGUGCAUGGUGGAGCUGUAGCUCUAGGGCAUCCUUUAGGCUGCAGUGGUGCUCGUAUUCUGGUCACUUUGUUGGGGGUUCUUAGGCAGAGAAAUGGAAGACACGGCGUUGCAGGUGUCUGCAAUGGUGGUGGUGGAGCUUCUGCUCUUGUUCUAGAGCUGCUUUAAGCCUGUCGGAUUUGGUAAAUUCUGGACUCGCAAUGGUGAAGCUAUGAGAUAUUUGCAAUCGUUGAACUUCAUCAGUUUUUUCGAAAAGCGUGAAUUCUAACUGAGACUGAAGCACGGUCGCAGUUCGAAGCUCAAAGUCAGGAUUAACAGAAUAGUAGUCUAUGUUAAAUGGGUUGAAUCACUUCUCAAGAAUUGUUACGCAAGCGAAUUGCAAACUUCGGAUCUGGUUUUAUUGGUGUACUGCACUAUUUAUGUAUUGAUGUAAUGAUGGGUAUGUCUAAUAAGUCUUAGAUUAUAAACUAGUUUAUCCUUUGGAAAUCUGCGAACGUUUUUUUGCCCACAAUGGUUAAAAUUAUUGGAUCAUGGGUUAACUGA